UUUCCUGCAGUAGUUUGUGUCUCUGCCCCUCCCACAAUGGGGAGAUUUCCCGCAGUAGUUUGUGUCUCUGCCCCUCCCACAAUGGGGAGAUUUCCCUGCAGUAGUUUGUGUCUUUGCCCCUCCCACAAUGGAGAUAUUUCCCCCAGUAGUUUGUGUCUCUGCCCCUCCCACAAUGGGGAGAGUUCCCUGCAGUAGUUGUUUGUCUCUGCCCCUCCCACAAUGGGGAGAGUUCCCUGCAGUAGUUGAUGUCUCUGCCCCUCCGACAAUGCAGAGAUUUCCCCCAGUAGUUUGUGUCUCUGCCCCUCCCACAAUGAAGAUAUUUCCCCUAGUAGUUUGUGUCUCUGCCCCUCCCACAAUGGGGAGAGUUCCCUGCAGUAGUUGGUGUCUCUGCCCCUCCGACAAUGCAGAGAUUUCCCCCAGUAGUUUGUGUCUCUGCCCCUCCCACAAUGGUGGGAUUUCCCGCAGUAGUUUUGUCUCUGGCCCUCCCACAAUGGAGAGAUUCCCCCCAGUAAUAUGUGUCUUUGCCCCUCCCACAAUGGAGAGAUUCCCCCCAGUAGUUUGUAUCUUUGCCCCUCCCACAAUGGAGAGAUUCCCCCCCAGUAGUAUGUGUCUUUGCCCC